AUGAUCCAAGGAGACUGCACACCUGGAACCUCAUCAGGAGCCUCUCAGCGGCAACUACAACAAGAAUUUCGCGAAAAUGUGAGUACCUUCACCGAUCAGCCUUUACAAAGUAGUCAUAUUGCGGUUAAACCACCCGUUUUCUUGAAAAGUAGCCAUCAUAUAUUUUUCAUUCAAAUAGAGACGUCUUUUCGACGCGCUAACAUUUCUCGCGAUGAUACAAAAUACGACCACGUGGUCGGCGCAUUAGACGCGCAAAUUCUCGAACUGGUCAGUGAUUUUCUUUGCAACAGUCCCGAAACGGACAAAUACGAGUGUCUCAAAAAUAGAAUUAUCGCGGAAUUCGCGGACUCCGAAUCGAAAAAAAUUCGAAAGUUACUUAAUGACGUUGAGCUGGGUGACCGUAAACCAUCUCAGCUUUUGCGCCACAUGCGUGACCUGUCCGGAAGCUCAGUUUCGGAAACAAUUUUAAAAAGCUGGUGGAUUGAAAGAUUGCCUGUUACACUUCGAGCUUGCUUAAUAAUUGGUGAUGAAGACUUAGACAUAUGCGCCAAACGCGCCGAUACGAUCAUGGACUUUGUUGGAUCCACAUCCUCACAAGUCAUGGCAGUGAAAGCUGGUGCCAGUACACCACAUAAAAAUGAAGAAUUUGAGGAAAUCCUCAACAAUAUUAAAGCUUUGACACAGGCAGUUGCUAAUUAG